CUGAUAGCAUGUAGCGUGCUGUCUGUAGGCGUUUCACUGGACAUGUUCGGGUUCAGCGUGGUUGUGGCUUCUGGGGCCUGCGAUCUGGAGCUUGCACUGACUCAAGUUGGCGUGCUCGCGUCAGUGCCCUUCGCAGGCGUCUUCUGCGCUUUUCCAUGGGGUUAUUAUGCGGACACCCGAGGACGUCUACGGGCCCUCCUGCUCUCCGCGUCUGUGGGAUUCCUCAUGGCGGCUCUCAGCAGUUUGUCUCCCAACUGGCAGGUCUUGUUGGUGCUUAAAUUGUUCGGCUGCUUCUUUUCAACGGCUUCUAUGACCUUGACGAUGACAUACCUAGGCGAGUGCACUAUAAGCUCUGUGAGAAACCGUUACUUCAUGUAUAUGUCUGCCGCCAAUCUCAGCUCUGAGUGUGUGUUCUAUCUGAUAGCGUACUUCAUUCUACCUCUGAGCUUCAGGAUAGAAAUACCUUUCCUCUCGAUUACCUAUCGUUCGUGGCGAUUGUACACCUUUAUUCUCGCAAUACCUCUUGGACUGGGGGCCUUAAUGCUGCUGCUGUUACACGAGAGUCCAAAGUUUCUGGCCAGUCGAGGAGAGGCUGAGAAGGCCCUUAAAGUACUGCGGGCCAUGUAUAAAGCUAAUGGAGGAAAUGAAGUAGACUAUCCGGUCAAAAUGUUAAUCGACGACAACGUGGAAGCGACGUCGGAAAUCUCUUUUUGGGAGUCCUUAGUAAAGCAGACUGUGCCUUUGUUCAAGCCCCCACUUCUUUGGAGGACGCUGCAGCUGUUCUAUCUCAUGGCUCUUAGUUGUAGCAACAACAAUCUAUUUCUGAUGUGGUAUCCAGUGAUUGCGAACCAAUUUUUCAAAUCAUUCGAAACCCCCGGAUUGGAAGACAAGAGUUUUUGUGAUAGAGUUGUCGCCAAUUUGACUGGUCCCACAGACUCCGAAGGUUUUAUCUGCGACGAUACAAUUUCAACGAACACCAUAUUCGCGGGUAUACUUCUCGGUAUCACAUUCGGUGUCCUGGGAUUGAUCAUAGCUACCCUAGCGCGUUGGAGACAAUUCCUUCUCAUCGGGAUUUUUGCAUCUGCUGCCAUCUGCCUACUUCUGACCAAUAUUUUGAGACAGCCUGUCAUGAAUAUGAUUGUAUUUACUUUUAUUCAGGACACAGCAAUUUGUAUUGGACUUGUCGCUUCUUAUUUUGUGGACAUAUAUCCUACAACUCAUCGGGCUCUAGCUACCAGUCUGAGCAUGCUGUUCACGAGGAUCGUAUCACUGGGCGGCGUGAAUUUAAUGGGCAUAGUCAUCGUAGAACACUGCAUAGUUACCUUCUACGUCUGUGCUCUUUAUGUUUCCAGUGGUGUCUUGAUGUCUUUGUUUUUGCCGUCGGAAAAGAAACUGCAUAAACAACAACAACAACAGCGAAAGUCUUAA